GUCCGCCCGGCGGGGGCGGGGGUGCCCGAACCGGCCGCUGCCCUCCGCCAAGCUGCAGCCCCCGCUAAAGCAUUGGAUCCCUCAACGUACUGCGAGAGCCCGGUGUACAGCCCGGACCUGUGCCCCAACAUGAUCGCCGCCCAGGCCAAGCUGGUGUACCAGCUCAACAAGUACUACACGGAGCGCUGCCAGGCGCGCAAGGCGGCCAUCGCCAAGACCAUCCGCGAGGUGUGCAAGGUGGUGUCGGACGUGCUGAAGGAGGUGGAGGUGCAGGAGCCGCGCUUCAUCAGCUCGCUGAGCGAGAUCGACGCCCGCUACGAGGGGCUGGAGGUGAUCUCGCCCACCGAGUUCGAGGUGGUGCUCUACCUCAACCAGAUGGGCGUCUUCAACUUCGUGGACGACGGCUCCCUGCCGGGCUGCGCCGUGCUCAAGCUGAGCGACGGCCGCAAGCGCAGCAUGUCGCUCUGGGUGGAGUUCAUCACGGCCUCGGGCUACCUGUCGGCGCGCAAGAUCCGCUCCCGCUUCCAGACGCUGGUGGCCCAGGCCGUGGACAAGUGCAGCUACCGCGACGUGGUGAAGAUGAUCGCGGACACGAGCGAGGUGAAGCUGCGCAUCCGCGAGCGCUACGUGGUGCAGAUCACGCCCGCCUUCAAGUGCACGGGCAUCUGGCCGCGCAGCGCGGCGCAGUGGCCCAUGCCGCACAUCCCCUGGCCCGGCCCCAACCGCGUGGCCGAGGUGAAGGCGGAAGGCUUCAACCUGCUCUCCAAGGAGUGCUACUCGCUGACGGGCAAGCAGAGCUCGGCCGAGAGCGACGCCUGGGUGCUGCAGUUCGGCGAGGCCGAGAACCGCCUGCUGAUGGGCGGCUGCCGCAACAAGUGCCUCUCGGUGCUCAAGACGCUGCGGGACCGGCACCUGGAGCUGCCCGGGCAGCCGCUCAACAACUACCACAUGAAGACGCUGCUGCUGUACGAGUGCGAGAAGCACCCGCGGGAAACCGACUGGGACGAGGCGUGCCUGGGCGACCGCCUCAACGGCAUCCUGCUGCAGCUCAUCUCCUGCCUGCAGUGCCGCCGCUGCCCGCACUACUUCCUGCCCAACCUCGACCUCUUUCAGGGCAAGCCCCACUCGGCCCUAGAGAGCGCCGCCAAACAGACCUGGAGGCUGGCCCGGGAGAUCCUCACCAAUCCCAAAAGCCUCGACAAACUAUAGGGCCGGCGCCCGGGCGCACGCCGCUCGCCCCCCGGUACCGCGGCGGCCGCAGACUGCUACGGAUCGGCGCCGCCCGCGGGGACGGCCCCCCCGCGCCUCUCCUCCUCCGCUCCGGCCCCGGCGCAAAGGGAAGCGCUCGGACUUUUG